GGGGGAGAGACCUCGCCCACAAGGAUCCUCCCCUGUAGAUGAAUACCCUGAGACUGACGAAUACACUGACAUUGACAAACAGGGUGGAGGUGGGAGUGGCAAGAAAGGAAAGAGGGGUUUUGGGUCCCUUUUUGAAAAGCGCUCCCCUGCCAAGAUGAGUGAACUGGAGAGCUCAGAGUCGGGAGUGAUUGUGAGAAUGGCAAAAGAGACAUGUGCCGAGGGUCUUGUUGUGAGCGGAGGAGGGAAGGAGGGCAUCUUCAUUAAGGAAGUGAGGCCAGAGUCCCCAGCCUCAAAGCUUCUUAGUGUACAUGAGGGUGAUCAGAUACUCAGUGCCACAGUGUAUUUUGACGAUGUUAAAUAUGAAGAUGCCCUUCAGAUAUUGGAACAUGCACAGCCUUACAAGAUGGAGUUACUUCUGAAACGCAAACCAAUAAAGAUAUCCACCCUUGAGAGUGAACCAGCCCUUGAAUCCCAAGUGGAACAAGGUUCCUCUCUGGAAAUGAGGGGACAUUCAAAGACAAAAAGGCACGGUGACCGAAUCUCUUGGCCCAACUUCCCCUCCUUUAGCAAAAGUCGAAAGUCCCAUUUUAAGAGGUCUCACAGUACCGCAGAUGCAGAUGAUCAGAGGAAGCUGGAGCUGAGCCCAACAACAAGUGACACAGAGUCGCCAAUCAAAUCUCAGGAGGCUGUCAAGGGCAGGACAAAGAAGCAGAAGAUAAAAUUGUCAAGUCUAAAGAUGAAGGGCCGCAAGAGCAGGUCUGUUGAACAGUCGGGCCAGGACACAGACAUACUAACUGUAGAAUGUGCGCAAGUUAUGGAAAUCCAACAGAGUCAAGAUGACAUAUACUCACUGGAUGGUCUAGAGAGCACAUCAGGAGAAACACCUCAAGUAUAUGUGUUUGAAUCAGAAUCAGAAAAAAUGGAAUCCACCAAGAUAAAAAAUGAAUGCUCUCUUCCGGACCUGACAGGCUCGGAAAACAAACAGCACAAGGUAGAACUCAUCAGACUGGACAAAACUUUGAAAACCACAGACAUAACAGUUGCUUUUGCUGAUCAAGAGAGUCCCUUAACCAAGACAUCUCUGGAGGAAAAGAAAAAGAAGAAAGAGAAGAAAGAGAGGUCAGAACUAAAGUUUAGGAUCAAGGGAAAGGAGACAAAAGACAAACACAAGCAAGAAAAACAUGUAAAAUCAUCCCCAAAAAGCAUGAAGAUACCAGGAGCAGAUAUCAUAACAUCUGAUCUGUCUGCACAUGACAAUACCUUGCUGAUUCCAACUAUAGUAUCACAUAUUAAGCUGAUGGAGCGUCAACUGCCAAUUGACAUGUCAGAUGUAGGACUUAUCAGGAAAUCCCCUCAGAUUGGACAAGAACGAGACUUGAAAGAAACAUAUGUUAAAACAAAUUUAAAUGCACAGGAAAUGCAUGCUAAGGUCACCAGUAUUACAAUGGAACCUGACUUGCAGAUGGAAAUACGGGCUUUAAAGUUACCUACAGAGACAAGCAUUGAUGACGCUUUAGUACAAAUUGGUACAAGGACUGCUACCAAGUUCAAGCUGCCAAGGGAGGACCUUGCUGACUUUGUUACUGCUGAACCUAUAAAAAUGACAGACGUGAGGAUUGUAAAAAUGGAUGUGAAAAGCCUUAAAGUUGAGGAUAGGGGGUUGAAGAUACUUCCAAACCGUGAUGAUAUUGAGAUCCCCGGCAUGGAAGAUGCAUCAUCAACUGGCACCAAAACCCCAGUGAUCAAACAGCCUAAAACGGCAUUCACUCUUCCUGUUGAAGAAAUUCAGGCGCAGACUGUUCAGAUGGUUAUAGACGUUGACAGAGUUAAAGAGGCUGUCUCCAAAUUGCCAGGGUUCAAGCUGCCAAAGGGUGACACCUUAGGACUGCCUGCUCAUCAAGAAAUCACAAAGACAGAUGUGAAUGCAGAAAGAGUCAAUGUGACAGUAGAAAACACCCUGUCUAAAAUCACAGACAUAAAGGCACAGUUGGACACAUAUGUCAAAAAGACUGACAUAAAUGCUUCACCUGAGAAGUUGAGCAGGAGCUCAGUUACCACAAUCAAAUUGCCAAAGAACCAACUUUCUGAUCUAGGUGCUCAUGAACCUAUUACUAUGACAGAAAUAUACCAUAAAGAAAGAAAAGAGGAAGCUGGAAGGACCAAUGAGGUUGAAAUCCAAAUUGAACUCCAUAAACGAGAGAACGUGGAGAUACCUGGAAUGGAAAAUAUACAUCAAAAAGGAUCUCCCAACCAAGUGGAAAGGGAAAAAGAGUUGGCAGUACCAGUACCUGAGUGGCCAACCAUCAAAGCCGAGGAGUCAAAUGUAAUUCCUUACACUAAAGGAUUAGAUAAGAAGUCAAAGAAAGCAAAGAUGUCAAUGCCUGCUCCAAAUGUCGCCGUAGGUGUACCUGAUGUGGAAAAGGACAUUAAGGUUCAAGGAACUGAAAUACCAGAACCCAAACUGACAAUGUCAGAAAUUAACAUUGAAAAGCCAAGGGUUGAUAUUAAAAGUCCAAAUGAAGAUGUGGAUGUCAAUCUUAAAAAACUUGAAAUGUUCACUUUAACAGAAAUCAAAGUGCAGGUCCAACCACCUAGCGUUGAACUCAAAGUGCCUUCUGGUGAAGUUGAAAUACCUGAGGGAGCGGCUAAGGAAAUUGAUGUAAAAAUAAAAAAGCCACAGAUGUCAUUUGGAUGGUUUUCAAAACCAGAAGUGAAAGCACCCGAGGUUGAUAUCAGUCUUACAAACGUGGAUAUUUCACUUCCAGAAGGAAAGGUGGAGGUCAAAGAGCCAGACGUGGAAAUUAAAUCUCCAGAAGGUCAAAUUAAAAUGAAACAUGAUAUUGAGCUUGAGGGACAAGGAAGUCAAUUUAAAUUACCCAAAUUUGGAUUUUCAAAACCUGAAGUGAAAGCACCAGAGGUUGAUAUCAGUCUUCCAGAGGUGGAUAUUUCUCUUCCUGAGGGAAAGGUGGAGGUCAAAGAGCCAGAGGUGGAAAUGAAAACUCCAGAGAUUCCAGUUGAUGUGAAAGAUACCGUAGGCUCCCCCUCAAGAUUCAAAAUGCCAACUUUAAAAUUCCCUAAAUUUGGAGCAGCUUCUCCAAAUGUCACAAUAGAGGUACCUGAUUUGGACAAGGACAUCAAGGUUCAUGGAACUGAAAUACCUGAACCCAAGCUGGCAAUAUCAGCAUUUAACAUUGAAAAGCCAAGUGUUGACCUUAAAGGUCCAUCUAUAGAUGUCAAUCGUAAAAAAAAUGAAAAUGUCACUUUACCAGAGGUCAAAAUGAACGUCCAACCACCAAGCAUUGAACUCAAAGUGCCUUCUGGUGAAGUUGAAAUGCCUGAGGGAGCUGCUCCAGAAAUGGAUGUAAAAAUGAAAAAGCCCAGGAUGUCAUUUGGAUGGUUUUCAAAACCAGAAGCGAAAGCACCCGAGGUUGAUGUCAGUCUUACAAACGUGGAUUUUUCACUUCCAGACGGAAAGGUGGAGGUCAAAGAGCCAGACGUGGAAAUGAAAUCUCCAGAUGUUCAAAUUGAAAUGAAACAUGAUUUUGAGCUUGAGGGACAAGGAAGUAAAUUUAAAUUACCAAAAUUUGGACUCUCAUUGCCAAGAGUUAAAGGUCCUGAAAUUGGCUUAAGUCUGUCAAAGACAGAUGUAGAUGUUGACUUACCAGAGGGAAGAGCAGACCUCCAACUACCUGAUGUGGAAGUCGGAGUGCCCUCUGUUGAAGUUGAAAUACCAGAAGCAGGUUCUAAAGAUAUUGAUGUGAAAAUGAGAAAGCCAAGAAUGUCAUUCCCCAAAUUUGGAUUUUCAAAACCUGAAGUGAAAGCACCAGAGGUUGAUAUCAGUCUUCCAGAGGUGGAUAUUUCUCUUCCUGAGGGAAAGGUGGAGGUCAAAGAGCCAGAGGUGGAAAUGAAAACUCCAGAGAUUCAAGUUGAUGUGAAAGAUACCGUAGGCUCCCCCUCAAGAUUCAAAAUGCCAACUUUAAAAUUCCCUAAAUUUGGAGCAGCUUCUCCAAAUGUCACAAUAGAGGUACCUGAUUUGGACAAGGACAUCAAGGUUCAUGGAACUGAAAUACCUGAACCCAAGCUGACAAUAUCAGCAUUUAACAUCGAAAAGCCAAGUGUUGACCUUAAAGGUCCAUCUAUAGAUGUCAAUCGUAAAAAAAAUGAAAAUGUCACUUUACCAGAGGUCAAAAUGAACGUCCAACCACCAAGCAUUGAACUCAAAGUGCCUUCUGGUGAAGUUGAAAUGCCUGAGGGAGCUGCUCCAGAAAUGGAUGUAAAAAUGAAAAAGCCCAGGAUGUCAUUUGGAUGGUUUUCAAAACCAGAAGCGAAAGCACCCGAGGUUGAUGUCAGUCUUACAAACGUGGAUUUUUCGCUUCCAGACGGAAAGGUGGAGGUCAAAGAGCCAGACGUGGAAAUGAAAUCUCCAGAUGUUCAAAUUGAAAUGAAACAUGAUAUUGAGCUUGAGGGACAAGGAAGUAAAUUUAAAUUACCAAAAUUUGGACUCUCAUUGCCAAGAGUUAAAGGUCCUGAAAUUGGCUUAAGUCUGUCAAAGACAGAUGUAGAUGUCGACUUACCAGAGGGAAGAGCAGACCUCCAACUACCUGAUGUGGAAGUCGGAGUGCCCUCUGUUGAAGUUGAAAUACCAGAAGCAGGUUCUAAAGAUAUUGAUGUGAAAAUGAGAAAGCCAAGAAUGUCAUUCCCCAAAUUUGGAUUUUCAAAACCUGAAGUGAAAGCACCAGAGGUUGAUAUCAGUCUUCCAGAGGUGGAUAUUUCUCUUCCUGAGGGAAAGGUGGAGGUCAAAGAGCCAGAGGUGGAAAUGAAAACUCCAGAGAUUCCAGUUGAUGUGAAAGAUACCGUAGGCUCCCCCUCAAGAUUCAAAAUGCCAACUUUAAAAUUCCCUAAAUUUGGAGCAGCUUCUCCAAAUGUCACAAUAGAGGUACCUGAUUUGGACAAGGACAUCAAGGUUCAUGGAACUGAAAUACCUGAACCCAAGCUGGCAAUAUCAGGAUUUAACAUUGAAAAGCCAAGUGUUGACCUUAAAGGUCCAUCUAUAGAUGUCAAUCGUAAAAAAAAUGAAAAUGUCACUUUACCAGAGGUCAAAAUGAACGUCCAACCACCAAGCAUUGAACUCAAAGUGCCUUCUGGUGAAGUUGAAAUGCCUGAGGGAGCUGCUCCAGAAAUGGAUGUAAAAAUGAAAAAGCCCAGGAUGUCAUUUGGAUGGUUUUCAAAACCAGAAGCGAAAGCACCCGAGGUUGAUGUCAGUCUUACAAACGUGGAUUUUUCACUUCCAGACGGAAAGGUGGAGGUCAAAGAGCCAGACGUGGAAAUGAAAUCUCCAGAUGUUCAAAUUGAAAUGAAACAUGAUUUUGAGCUUGAGGGACAAGGAAGUAAAUUUAAAUUACCAGAAUUUGGACUCUCAUUGCCAAGAGUUAAAGGUCCUGAAAUUGGCUUAAGUCUGUCAAAGACAGAUGUAGAUGUUGACUUACCAGAGGGAAGAGCAGACCUCCAACUACCUGAUGUGGAAGUCGGAGUGCCCUCUGUUGAAGUUGAAAUACCAGAAGCAGGUUCUAAAGAUAUUGAUGUGAAAAUGAGAAAGCCAAGAAUGUCAUUCCCCAAAUUUGGAUUUUCAAAACCUGAAGUGAAAGCACCAGAGGUUGAUAUCAGUCUUCCAGAGGUGGAUAUUUCUCUUCCCGAGGGAAAGGUGGAGGUCAAAGAGCCAGAGGUGGAAAUGAAAACUCCAGAGAUUCAAGUUGAUGUGAAAGAUACCGUAGGCUCCCCCUCAAGAUUCAAAAUGCCAACUUUAAAAUUCCCUAAAUUUGGAGCAGCUUCUCCAAAUGUCACAAUAGAGGUACCUGAUUUGGACAAGGACAUCAAGGUUCAUGGAACUGAAAUACCUGAACCCAAGCUGACAAUAUCAGCAUUUAACAUCGAAAAGCCAAGUGUUGACCUUAAAGGUCCAUCUAUAGAUGUCAAUCGUAAAAAAAAUGAAAAUGUCACUUUACCAGAGGUCAAAAUGAACGUCCAACCACCAAGCAUUGAACUCAAAGUGCCUUCUGGUGAAGUUGAAAUGCCUGAGGGAGCUGCUCCAGAAAUGGAUGUAAAAAUGAAAAAGCCCAGGAUGUCAUUUGGAUGGUUUUCAAAACCAGAAGCGAAAGCACCCGAGGUUGAUGUCAGUCUUACAAACGUGGAUUUUUCGCUUCCAGACGGAAAGGUGGAGGUCAAAGAGCCAGACGUGGAAAUGAAAUCUCCAGAUGUUCAAAUUGAAAUGAAACAUGAUAUUGAGCUUGAGGGACAAGGAAGUAAAUUUAAAUUACCAAAAUUUGGACUCUCAUUGCCAAGAGUUAAAGGUCCUGAAAUUGGCUUAAGUCUGUCAAAGACAGAUGUAGAUGUCGACUUACCAGAGGGAAGAGCAGACCUCCAACUACCUGAUGUGGAAGUCGGAGUGCCCUCUGUUGAAGUUGAAAUACCAGAAGCAGGUUCUAAAGAUAUUGAUGUGAAAAUGAGAAAGCCAAGAAUGUCAUUCCCCAAAUUUGGAUUUUCAAAACCUGAAGUGAAAGCACCAGAGGUUGAUAUCAGUCUUCCAGAGGUGGAUAUUUCUCUUCCUGAGGGAAAGGUGGAGGUCAAAGAGCCAGAGGUGGAAAUGAAAACUCCAGAGAUUCAAGUUGAUGUGAAAGAUACCGUAGUCCCCUCAAGAUUCAAAAUGCCAACUUUAAAAUUCCCUAAAUUUGGAGCAGCUUCUCCAAAUGUCACAAUAGAGGUACCUGAUUUGGACAAGGACAUCAAGGUUCAUGGAACUGAAAUACCUGAACCCAAGCUGACAAUAUCAGCAUUUAACAUCGAAAAGCCAAGUGUUGACCUUAAAGGUCCAUCUAUAGAUGUCAAUCGUAAAAAAAUGAAAAUGUCACUUUACCAGAGGUCAAAAUGAACGUCCAACCACCAA